AUGACAGCAGCAUCCACAGAGGCAGCUGCAGCCGAAAUGAAAGCAGCAGCAGCGGCAGAAGCACAGUCAUCAGCAGCCGACACCGCCGCAGCGGCAGCAGCAGCAGCAGCAGAAGCAGCAGAAGCAGCAGCAGCAGCAGAAGCAGCAGCAGCUGCAGAUAAGUGGGAAUGUCAGUCAAUUCCUGAGGAAGAUGCUGCAGUGGCUUGGCCUUAUGCCACGAAGCAGCGUCAGCGGGUCUGGGGGCCUUGCCGUUACUCGUUUGCAGCAGCAGACUGCUAG